AUGUCAUCACUUCAACUCUCCGAAGUAGUGGGGCAUUACCAUCAUCACCACCGAGAAUAUUCUCUAAUUUAUUCAUCAUCAUCACCACCAUCAUCAUCUUCAUCAUUAUCGAGGAGUAACAAUUCCAUGAUCAUGAGGACAUUAACAAGUCAUCGAAUGAUGAUGAUUGUAUUUUCACUACUUGUUCUCUUGUUGUGUUGCAAUCAUUAUACUUUAGGCUAUAAUCCUAAUACUGAAAUUAUUAAAUAUCUUGUUCCUAGACCGAAGGAAGUAUCAUGGGAUUCAUCACAAACACGAAUGAUUAGUUUUUAUAAAUUGAAUUUUGCUUUGGAAGUGAAUGGAAACAGUGCUUCUGUUAGUGAUUUUCCAAUUGUAGGGAAGGCACUUGAUAGAUAUACCAAGUGGAUGUUUAAAUUAUUUACUAAUAGUGGUUCUGAUAAUGAUAAUAGUAAUAAUAAUGAUGAAGAUAAUGAAUUUGAUUUUUACACAGAUAAUGUAGUAAUUCAAAUAAGAGAAGCAACAAAAUUGCCAUUGUUGAAUGUGUUUGAUAUUGAUGAGUCUUAUGAAAUUUCAAUCAAAUCAAGAGGUAUGGUCAUUAAAUCAAAUACUCAAUUCGGAUUUUUGAGAGCUUUGGAGACUUUUGCACAAAUGAUUAGAAGAAAUCCAAAUUCAAAUUUCUUCUUUAUUCCAAAUAGUCCUAUUGUAAUCAAAGAUAGUCCAAGAUACAAAUAUAGAGGAUUGAUGAUUGAUGUUUCUAGAAAUUAUAUUUACACAAGUACAAUUUUGGAUAUUAUUGAAUUAAUGUCAUUCGAUAAAUUGAACGUAUUACACAUUCACUUGUCAGAUGCUCAAUCAUUCCCAUAUCAAAUGUAUGGUAAAUUCUCCAAGUUGAGUGAAAAGUCUAGCUUUUCUAAAGAUUUAGUAUUUACCAGCAAUGACAUUGCAACAAUUAUUGAAUUUGCUUAUUACAGAGGUAUUCAAGUUAUUCCUGAAUUUGAUAUGCCUGGUCAUGCCAAAUCAUUUGCCUAUGCUUAUAGUGAAGUUGUAUCCUCAUGCCCAACAAGAUUGUCUGCUAAUAUCAAUAACUUCCCUUUCAAUGUUGUUGAACCAUUGACCUAUGAAUUAAUUGAAGCAAUUAUUGCACAAUGGCAAUCCACAAGUGGUAUCACUCAAAAAGCUCCAACUCUCGCAUCAUCUGUUCAAUUAACCACAAUGCAUCUUGGAUCAGAUGAAAUUGUUAAAUCUUGUUGGACUGAAAAUCCAGUCAUUACAGACUUCUUUGCAGCAACUGGUAACCAAACUGAUUAUGGUAAAAUUGAGUCAGCCAAUGAUAUUUGGGCAUAUUUCCAAGCAAGACUUGCUUCUGGUGAAAAUUAUCAAAAAAUUUCAAAUCUCAUCUUUUGGGAAGAUUUGUUUUUAAGAAUGAAAUCAUCUUUAUUUACUCCAGAUAAAACUAAGAGUAUUUGCCAAAUUUGGAGAGAUGCCAAAAAUCUUCCUGAAUGUGUUAAUAGAGGUUACAGAACCAUUCUUUCUGCUGGAUAUUAUUUGGAUAUGGUUCAAAAUGUUGUUGGUAAUUCACCAACCCCAACUCCACCUCCAUACACAUUUGUGGAUACUUGGAAGUCUUUGUAUCUUGUUGAUCCAAACGAUCAAUUUAAUUCAAGUGAAACAUAUGACAGUUCUAAAAUUAUUGGAUUGGAAGCAGCCAUGUGGGGAGAAAAUGUUCAUAAUGAGGUUAUUAUUUCAACUAUAUUCCCAAGAAUUUCAGCAUUUGCUGAAAGAGCUUGGAGUCCUUCAACUGUUAAGAGCCUCGAUGAUGCCAUGACUAGAUUAGUCAACCAUAGAUGUCACACUCAGGUUAAGAGAAAUUUCAAAACUAUUCCACCUCUCAAACCAAUUUACUGUAAAUAUCAAUAUCUUUAUGAACUGGAGAGUGAAUCAGAUUGGGCCCAUUCAGCAGUUAUUGCUUUAUUCUGCUUAGUAGGUGUCUUGUUGCUCUCACUUGUUGCAGCUGUUGUCUUUUCCAUUUGUAUGUGUAAGAAAUAUAGAAGUAUUAAGAAGGCUUAUAAGAAUGAUAUUUCAUUCUCAGAGGAUAAGCUUUCUUCUUACUAUUUGAAACAGCGAGAUGAGUAAAUACAAUUUGUACAUGUAAAUAAAGAAAUAUAUUAGAGGUGA